GUUUAUCUUACAUAAAACCUUUGCAAACACCGCCCGCCGCUCCAGAGCCACGCCCUACUGCAUUGCUGAAGUAUAUUUGAUGCCGCCCAAAGGUACAACAAAGAAGAAGGCCGCGAACGACGGUUCCACCACUCAUACUCCUACUCUCGCCGAGCAGCUGUCAUACCUGCAUAGCCCUCGUCCAUUCAAGAAUCCUAACUACACUAAAAAUGCGAACCGUCGAACCAAGAACCUGAAAACCGUUCUAGGUCAGGAACGGGAGAAAGAACGCGUCGAAAGAGAGAGGCGGAGACAAGAGAGAGAUAAUCAGGCGAUGGAUAUUUUUGAAGUUAAGAAAGAGCUUGCCGAGGUGGACGAGGAAAUCUCAACCUACCUAUCGAUAGAAGCACCACCAUCUGUUCUGCCACAGAGACAUUACUGCGAUAUUACAGGGCUGGAGGCACCGUAUACCGAUCCCCGGACUGGACUAAGGUAUCACGACAAGAGCGUUUAUGAACUUAUUAAGAACCUCAGCCCAAGCGCGGCGAAGGACUAUCUGGCUGCAAGGGGCGUAAAUCCCGUCGUCCGAUAGAUAGCCUAUUGAUAUCCCUGAAAAUGGAUUCAUCAUCAUUCCCACCCCGGCACCGACUGCUAUGCAAUAGUGGCUCUAGCAAAUCGUAUGCCUGGGUGUACAUGGCUAUAUUGGAUGCACAAUUGAUUGCUUGAGCUUGC